AUGGAUCUAAAACGCAGUUCAAAUGAGUACUCAAAUCUUUUUAGUUUUACAAUUUACUCAAGUGGCAGAGGUGCGGCGUCUUCUGCAAAAAAACACAAACCAUAUAAUAGCGUCUCUAUGCGUGAUUACUAUGAACAACCAGCAUAUUCUCCAUCAAUUCCUAAAACUACUCCAUAUCUUUAUAGUGGAGCUACUAAAGGAUCAGUGAACCCAUCUCCUGUUUCCGGAAAAUUUAGCGAGGAUCGACAAGAUACUGAAAAACUUCAAGAUGCAUUGGUAUCUGCUGGUGUUGAUAUCAAGGAAGAAGAACAUAACAUGAGUCGAUCCUAUGACUAUGGAUUUGGGUCAAAUACAUUGUCUUUUGAAGAGGACCGAACAAAAAUUACUGAUUUUCUGAAUCCUAUUCCACUGAAUGAUCUUAUUUAUAGAAUUGCAAUUUCCAAUUCUCUUAAAACUAUAGAUCCUGAAGUAGCACCUCUUCUUGCACUUUCAUUACGCAAUAGAAUGGCAGGCCUUUUGUCAGAUAUGAUCAUUCUGUCUAAACAUCGUACUACGUCACCUCCUAUCAAUAAAAAAAUAAUAGACAACGUUGGAAAGAUUUUAGAAGAAAUAAACAACAAAGAAAAAGAUAUGGAAGAAAAGAGGAGAGCUCAGCUAUUAUCAAAAAGACUAGAAGAAAAAAAUAAAAUAGAUAAACAAAGUUCACUAUCAGGGAACCCAGAUGACAUGGAUAAAAAAAGAAAGAAAAAAGAAACAGGAAUAAAUUCAGCAUCAAAAAGUCUUUCAGAGGAUACACAAAAACGAAACACAGAUACUACUGCAGCAAUAAUGAUGGGAUCAGGUCCUAAUGGUCCAGGCGGCAAAAAAUAUUCAUGGAUGACGUCAAUACCGUCAUUAUCAUUAGGAUAUACCACAAAAACACAUCGAAUUACAGAAAAUAGUUCACCAACAAACCCUAAAACUAUUUCUAUAGAACCUGCUCAAGAAGUAGGAAUAAUUACAAUAAGAGAUGCACUUAAUGUUUUAGAAAUGGACAAAGAAGGUGCAGGAGAAGUCUUUGGGAGAGGAGCACGUGCAUUAUCUCGGGGCUAUAUACGCCUGAGAGACUAA